ACGGGAUUUCGCACAUGGCAAUAAGGUUCAACAAGGUUAUGAGCGGUUAGAUAUCGAUAAGACCAUACUCCAGAAUUUUGAAGCUUCCAAAGUUCUGAUAUCCAAUAGCGCGUCUCAACGAACUUCUCAAUCUCAUCAGUUCCCGCCGAACAAUUACAAUCUGUUUAAAGUUUCGAGCCGCCCAGGUGAUCAGCUACUUCUAUACACGAACCUCGAGCAUUCGGAAGGCGUCCCAUUAUUGCCUAGUAGCUAUCAUGGCAGAUCCUUUGUUAACAUCGCUCUGUACUAUCUGCCACAUUCAAACACCUAAAUACAAAUGCCCACGAUGCGGAACAAGAACGUGUUCCCUGACAUGUGUGAAGAAACACAAGAAGUGGUCGUCGUGUAAUGGAGAACGCGAUGCGACCGCAUACAUACCACGAGAGAAGUUAAAAACCGACGCUGGUAUCGACCACGACUACAACUUCCUAACCAAGAUUGAGAGAUCCGUGGAGCGAACCGAGAAGAUAUUAAGGGAAGAGAAGGAGAUAUUACCUCAAGAGGAUACCACUUCGCGCCCCCCGCCUAAUAAACGAGCACGCCUGCAUAAGGGACAAAGUAGAGGAAGGGUUACUUUCGAAGAAAGCUCAAGAAGAUGGGAUAGGAAUUCGAUACAACGAAUGCGACAGCUGGGUAUCAAUGUCUCUUCCGUUCCUUAUGGCAUGACUCGAGCGAAAGAAAACAAGACAAGCUGGAACAAACGUACAAGGACUAUGAACUGGCAGGUGGAAUGGUUCGAGUGGAAAGGGAUUGCUCCUAUCGAAGGAGACAGCAACCAAGACAACAACCAAAAGCCAAAGCCCUCAAGACUCCUGCAUAAAGUACUAGACGAAGUACCACUCUACAUCGGGUUUGCAGAGACUCAAGAAUAUUAUCGUCAGCGACAACUUAGCGACCAAGAGCGUGUGAAAGAGAAGAAACAGAAGGCUUCGGAGGGAAAGAAAAUACUCGCCGGAAGCGCCCAAGACGUGGCCACAACUGCUUGGAGCGGUGGAGAAUGUAUAAUGCAAGACUCAGGCACGACUACGUGGAACAACGAGACUCUAGGGUCCCACAUAAGCGAAGAACCGAAAGACAAGUACCGGUUCUUCUAUCUCAAGCCGAGGACACCUUCGAGGGAAUCCCAGAAGCUCGUCCCCUUACGACCGACAGAUAGCCUGGCCAACAUUCUACCCGAUCUCGAUAUUGUGGAAUUUCCAACUAUCUGCAUACUGCCAAGUAACUCAACAGCUAUCCCUGAUGGAUAUGUCGUGGUGGAAGAGAAGGUGGGAAGAUCUAAAAAGCGACAAGGCACUAGCCUCGUGGAAUAUUUAAGCGAGGAGGGUGAGAAUAUAAACGAAGAAAUCGACGAGCAAGAAAACGAUGAUACCACAAGUAGCUCAGGUUCAGAUUCUUCCGACCUAUCUGACUAGGUACAUACAUACAUACCUACC